AAGCAGUCAGUGGUUGUUCCGUGCUCAAGUAGGUAAUACUCUCACGCAGGUAACACGUGUGAGUACGAAUGUCAAAAUGUCGAGACAAGUUUAAACAUAAAAUCAGUGUUUUUUUUUUAAGAGAUCAUCUAAAGUCAAGUAAUUUUCUUUGUAUUUUUUCAUCAUUUUAAGGACGACUGCGAUUCUUUUUUCUUUUUUAUUAUUUAUUUUUUUCUCCCCCGUCAUUUUGGUACUUCUUUUUCUCUUCGUUUUAACUCUUCAUCAAGGAUACGUCGUUACUCAUCAAUUUAUUCAUUUGAAAGACAAAAAUGGCAAAGGCAGGUAAACAUAAUCUGGCAUUUGUUGGAGAUGAUGGCAGAACUAAUGGUCAGACUAAUAGUAACUUUAUGAAUUCAAAAAAGAUUGAAAAAAACGACGAUAAUUUUAACUUAAAUUAUGGCGUCGAAGAUAACAGAAAAGUUAUGCAAUCAACAAUCGUGAUGGAAGAAAUGACGAUAAUAGAGAAAAGCGUUGAAAGAGCUACAUGGGGCAAUAGUAUCGAAUUUCUUAUGUCCUGCAUCGCCAUGUCGAUUGGUCUCGGCAACGUUUGGAGAUUUCCAUUCACGGCAUACGAAAAUGGCGGAGGUGUCUUUCUAAUACCCUACAUAAUAGUCCUUUUCGUCGUUGGGAAACCAUUUUAUUAUUUGGAAAUGAUAUUAGGUCAAUUCACCAGUAGAUCCUCCGUUAAAAUGUGGUCCGCAGUGCCAGCUUUUCGUGGUGUUGGCUGGGCCCAAAUGUUUUCUAUGGUUGCCGUUGGUACUUACUAUUGUUCCUUGAUAUCAAUGACCUUGUAUUAUUUGAUCGGUAGCUUUCAUUCACAGCUACCUUGGUCCACAUGUCUUAUCGAAUGGGGAGAUACGUGCGUUGAUUCCGUACAAGUUGAAAAUGCGACAUUUCGCAAUACUACGGACAAGAGAAGUUCCGCUGAAUUUUAUUUCACAAAAACAGUAUUGAAGGAGAUACCUAAUAUUGAUAACGGAUUAGGUCUACCCGAUUGGAAAUUACUUCUUUGCUUGUUAGUCGCCUGGUCAAGUAUCUUUGCUGUCCUUGCACGUGGAGUUAAAAGUUCUGGCAAGGCAGCCUACUUCCUCGCAAUAUUCCCAUACGUGAUCAUGAUAGCUUUGCUGAUCAGGGCGGUGACCUUAAAGGGAGCAAGCAACGGGAUAAUUUUCUUUAUUCAACCGAAGUGGGACAAACUGUUCGAUCCAAAUGUCUGGUACGCUGCUGUGACACAGUGUUUCUUUUCACUGUCAGUCUGUUUUGGUGGUGUCGUCAUGUAUUCGUCCUACAACGACUUUAAACACAAUAUCUACAGAGAUGUGAUAGUCGUGACUACUUUAGACACCUUCACAAGUCUAAUGGCAGGUUUUACUAUUUUUGGGAUACUUGGUAAUUUAGCUUAUGAACUUGGCACUGAUGAUAUCAGCAAUGUUGUUCGCGGUGGGACUGGAUUGGCCUUCGUUUCUUAUCCAGACGCCAUUGCGAAAUUUACGGUCUUACCAAAUUUGUUCUCUAUAUUAUUUUUUCUAAUGUUAUUCGUUCUUGGAAUCGGAAGUGCUGUUGCACUAGUUGGAGGAAUCGUUACUAUAAUCAGUGAUCAAUUUCCAAGCUGUAAGCAUUGGUAUAUUGUACUUGGUACGUCUAUCGUUGGAUUCUUCUGUGGUACUGUUUAUUGCACACCGGGUGGCCAAUUUAUAUUAGGCCUGGUCGAUUAUUACGCCGGUUCCUUUAUUGUUUUCGUCUUGGCUACGCUCGAAGUGACUGGAUUCUUUUGGAUCUAUGGAUUAGAAAAUUUCUUAGACGAUGUUGAAUACAUGUUGAAAAGAAGGCCAUCGCUUUAUUGGAGAAUUUGUUGGGGUGUAAUCACGCCUCUCCUUCUAGUAACUAUUUUAAUUUAUACUAUCAUUGGACUGACACCGUUAACUUAUGCUGGAGUCUUAUAUCCUUCAAGCGCAUAUGCUGCCGGAUGGUCGUUACUUGCAUUUGGUGCAUUACAAAUACCUUUUUGGAUGAUUUACACUAUAAUGAGAAAACGGAAUUUGGGCAUGCCAGAAAUGAUCAUAAACUCUUUCAGUCCCUCGGAUGAGUGGGGUCCAAGAAAUACUCAAGAAUUAGCCAGUUGGAAGGAAUAUAAGGAAAUGAUGAGAAAAAAACGUGAAAAUCGUAAUUGUUCGAAAUUAAAACAAUUCAUUUAUGUUAUUUUCUGUUUAGAAGAAAAACUUAUAUAAUUUCAUUCUUAAAAAGAAGUCGAAUUUAUGUAUUAUUAUAUUACACCUCGCAUGUAUGUAUCGCAUACGCAUAUAUACGUACAUAUAGAUUUUCUUGGACAACAAACAAAACUCAACAAAAUGAAAAGAAAUCUCUUGACUGAUAAUGUUUUUGUACGUCUUUAUAACAUUAAAAAAUAAAAACGAAAACAUAUGAAUAUAUAUAUAUAUAUAU